UGAAGCUGCACGCAGGAACUUUUUUCGGCAUGUGGCUGAAAACCAGCGCGGCUACAUCAUAACAACAAAUAUCCAUGUAAUUAUUCAUAAUGUUGUUUGGAAAAGAAAUGCCAUGGCGACGCUUGGAGGGAAUGUCGUUUGGCAUGUACUCUGCCGAAGAGAUAAGGAAGUUGAGUGUGAAGAUGAUCACGAACCACAAGUUCCUUGACAGUGUUGGAAAUGUUGCUCCAAACAGCCUGUAUGAUCUGGCCCUGGGACCAGCAGAUAACAAAGAGGUGUGUUCCACAUGUUGUCAGGACUUCAACCACUGUCCAGGACACAUGGGACACAUAGAGCUCCCACUUCCUGUCUAUAACCCGCUAUUCUUUGAUAAACUAUACCUGUUGAUUCGUGGUUCAUGUCUCGCAUGCCACAUGUUAACGUGCCCGCGAGCUGCUGUCUAUCUGAUGCUGAACCAGCUGAAGUUAUUGGAAUAUGGAGCCCUGCAGGAGGUCUAUCAAAUAGAACAAGUCCUCAACCAGUUCCUAGAGGAGAAUAUCAAAGCCACUGGAGAUGAGAUUGAUCAAGUCCUCAAAGAGUUUACAGAGACAUUUGUUGGACAGAAUGUAGAAACCAGCACCAGGAACAUCAAACCGAUUAAGCACCUGGUUGAAAUGAAGACCAGUCUGAUAGAUGACUUCUGGAAAGUCCACAUGAAAACCAGGAAGUGCCCUUACUGCAAGAGUGGUCGAUUUGUAGUACGUCGUGAACACAACAGUAAACUGAUUGUCACCGUGCCGGCAGGAGCACAGAUCAGUGGCAGUACAGACGAAGCUGGAAAGCGAGUAUACCUGACUGCAAGUACUGCCAGGGAGCACAUCAGUAAACUGUGGGAGAAAGAAGGGUUUUUCCUGAAGUGUUUGUUCUCUGGUGUGGAGACUGACUCGAACUCAAAGUGGGGAGAGAGUGGCUUUUACCCGGAUCUCUUCUUCUUGGACUUGCUAGUAGUUCCACCAUGCCGAUAUCGUCCAAUCAACCGCCUGGGUGACCAGAUGUUUACGAACGGUCAGACAGUCAACAUGCAGGCUGUAAUGAAGGACUGUGGUAUUAUCCGGAAACUGCUGGCACUCAUAGCUGGAGAGAAAAAUACUCAUGAAGAAGAGACCUCCGAACAAACGGACGAGUCCUUCUUGUCUGGGAUUCCCGGGGUAACACCAACUGAUAAACUCUACAACACCUGGGUCCACCUCCAGACACACGUUAACAUCGUCUUUGACAGUGACAUGGACAAAAUGAUGACUGAAAAGUACCCUGGGAUCAGACAGGUCCUGGAGAAGAAGGAAGGCUUGUUCCGGAAACACAUGAUGGGCAAACGAGUGGACUAUGCUGCACGAUCUGUCAUCUGUCCGGACAUGUACAUAGGAACCAACGAAAUAGGAAUACCUAUGGUGUUUGCCACCAAGCUGACCUACCCUCAGCCUGUCACACCGUGGAACGUGAAGGAGCUACGUCAGGCUGUUCUCAACGGGCCCAACAUCCAUCCUGGUGCUUCCAUGGUGAUAAGCGAAGAUGGCAAAAGAACCAUCCUGUCCUCUACCAGCUUUGCACAGAGAGAAGCUGUUGCUAAGCAACUGCUGACACCCUGUCCUGGACCUCAGAAGAUGCCCAUGAAGAUAGUGAACCGUCACAUAAAGAACGGAGAUGUGUUGUUACUGAACAGACAGCCGACUCUUCACCGACCGUCCAUACAAGCCCACUGUGCACACAUCCUGCCAGGAGAGAAGGUACUAAGACUUCAUUAUGCCAACUGUAAGGCAUACAACGCCGACUUCGACGGAGAUGAAAUGAAUGCCCACUUCCCUCAGAGCGAGUUGGGCAGAGCAGAAGCCUAUACGCUAGUCAGCACUGACCAGCAGUACCUUGUCCCCAAGGAUGGAAAACCUUUAGCUGGUCUGAUCCAGGACCACAUAGUUUCAGGGACAAGGAUGACAAUACGAGGUUGUUUCUUCACCAGGGACCAGUACACUGAGCUGGUGUACCGAGGACUGACUGACAAAGCAGGCAGAGUGAAACUGCUGCCGCCGGCCAUAUUCAAACCUCAGCAACUGUGGACAGGAAAACAGGUGGUGUCGACUCUCUUGCUGAAUGUAAUCCCUCAGAAAGCUGUUCCUCUCAACCUGUUUGGCAGGUCCAAAAUACCCAGUAAGGCCUGGAUCCAAGUCCCACCUCGAUCAGCUCCAGGAUACACAGCUGAAAGCAUGUGUGAAUCACAGGUGGUGAUCCGUCAGGGGGAGCUGUUGGUGGGCGUUUUGGACAAAGCUCACUACGGCUCGUCCGCGUAUGGUCUGGUCCACUGCUGCUACGAGCUGUACGGAGGUGAGACCAGCGGAAAACUGCUCAGCUGUCUGGCUCGACUCUUUACUGCAUAUCUGCAGCUUUACAGAGGCUUCACUCUGGGUGUGGAGGACAUCCUUGUGAGACCAGGAGCCAACAGGCAGCGAAAAAAACUCAUUCAUCGAUCACUGAAGUGCGGCACCAAGGCUCUCCAGGCAGCAUUCAAUCUGCCCUCCAAGGUGGACCAAUCUGAGGCCCAGAGCCGCUGGCAAGACGCUCAUCUGAACCCCGACCAGAGAGACUUCAAUUUGGCUGACCUAAAGUUCAAAGAAGUGGCCAACCAAGUGAACAAUGACAUUAAUAAGGUGUGUAUGCCAUUUGGCCUCCAUACUGCUUUCCCAGACAACAACCUCCAGCUCAUGGUCCAGUCGGGGGCUAAAGGUUCCACUGUUAACACCAUGCAGAUCUCAUGUCUACUAGGUCAGAUUGAGCUGGAGGGCCGCAGGCCGCCGCUAAUGCCUACUGGAAAGUCCUUGCCAUGUUUCCAGCCUUAUGACCCUUCACCUGGCGCUGGAGGCUUUGUUUCUGGAAGGUUCCUCACGGGCAUAAAACCACAGGAGUACUUCUUCCACUGCAUGGCCGGCAGAGAAGGUCUGGUCGAUACAGCUGUGAAAACAUCCAGAUCAGGAUACCUACAAAGAUGUGUCAUAAAACAUCUGGAGGGUCUGGUGGUGCAGUAUGAUCUGACAGUGAGGGACAGUGAUGGAUCUGUGAUCCAGUUCCUCUACGGUGAAGAUGGCCUUGAGAUCCCAAAGACCCAAUUUCUACAGCCAAGACAGUUCCCUUUUAUUGAGGACAACUAUGAGGUCAUCAGGAAUUUGCAGGGCCUGGACCAGGUUUUGGCUCAGUUGGACCACAAAGCUGCCAGUCAACAUUUUCUAGCCAUCCAGCGCUGGAAAGCAAAGAGAGAAGUGGCAUGUCCGCGCACAGGAGCGUUCCUGCUCUUCUCCCAGAAGAAGUUGGCCAAACUGAAACAGAGUGAGCUGCCUGCGCAGUGCGCUGUCUUUGGCAGAGAUGCUGCUACGCUGCAGUUGAUGGACAAAUGGCGUUCUCUGGAUGAUGCCAUCAGGUCAAAGUACAUCAGAAAGUCGGUCAAAUGUCCUGACCCUUGUCUGGGUUUGUUUCGGCCUGACUUGCACUUUGGAGCUGUGUCUGAACACUUUUAUGACAUCACUGACAAAUAUUUACAGAGCAGAGACGAGGCCAGUCCAGGCAGCCUGGACGCAAACAGCCUUCUCCAGCUGUUGGACUAUAAGUGGCAGCGUUCACUGUGUGAUCCGGGCGAAGCAGUGGGUCUGUUAGCGGCUCAGUCCAUAGGAGAACCCUCCACCCAGAUGACCCUCAACACCUUCCACUUUGCAGGCAGAGGAGAGAUGAACGUCACCCUGGGAAUACCUCGACUGAGAGAGAUUCUGAUGGUCGCUGGCUCCAACAUCAAGACUCCCAUGAUGAGUGUUCCCGUGCUGAACAAUAAGAAGGCCUUGAAGAGAGCAAAGACGCUCCGUAAGAAACUCAGCAGGGUCUGUUUGGCCGAGGUCCUGCAGAAAGUUGACGUUGUUGAGGUUUUGGGCAUAGAAAGCAAAACUUGCCAAAAGUUGCGGACCUUUAAAAUCACCUUCCACUUCCUGCCUCCUGCCCGUUACUGUGAUGAAAAGCUGCUGUCGCCUCAUCACAUCCUCCACUUCAUGGAAACCAGGUUUUUCCGUCUCCUUCUCGAAGCUAUUAAGAAACGCAGUGCAAAGCUGGCAUCUAUCGCCGUGGAGACGAGGAAGGCCACCCUCAGAGACAAAGACGAGGAUGACGAGGCCGGCGCAGUCAGGCAGACAGAUGAUGUGGAGGGAGCAGAUGCAGGAAUUGUUGAUGACCAGGGGGGCGAAGGUGACACAGAUGCCUCAGACACCAAACGAAAAAAGAAACAAGAGGAAGAGGUGGACUAUGAGAGUGAGGAGGAGGAGGACGGAGACGGUGAUGCUGAAGAGAAGGAAGACCAGGGGGCAGAAGAAGAGACUGUGGAUGACCAUGAGGAGGACAGAGGAGAAGAGUCUCAGCCAGAGUCUUUGGGAGUCACAGUAAAGAAGAAAAAGAAAGGACUACGCAGAGAGGGCGACACAACCGAGGAAUCCUUGAAUCAGUUGAGAGUGAACGCUGUUCUACAGUCCAACCCAGCAAUACAAAGAUACUCUUACGAUACCCAGCAUGAGCUCUGGUGUGAGGUUGACCUAGUUUUGCCAUUGAGCAAAGUGCACUUUGACCUGACCUCGGUUCUGUCAACACUUGCCCAGAAUGCUGUUAUCAUGGAAACCAAGGGUCUGACUCGCUGCCUGCUUAGUGAAACAGUCACUAAGACCGGAGCGAAAGAGACUGUUCUCAACACGGAGGGAAUCAACAUCCACCAAAUGUUCAGGCACAGUGAUGUAUUGGACGUCAACAGGCUGUACUCGAAUGAGGUCCACGCCAUGGCCAACACCUAUGGCAUUGAAGUGGCUCUGAAAGUUAUUGAAAAGGAAAUCAAAGAUGUCUUUGCUGUCUACGGUAUCGAGGUGGACCCCAGACAUCUCUCACUGGUGGCAGACUACAUGUGCUUUGAGGGUGUCUAUAAACCACUAAACCGGCACGCCAUUAGGUCCAACUCCUCCCCGCUGCAGCAGAUGACUUUUGAGACCAGCUAUAAAUUCCUGAAACAGGCGACUAUGCUGGGUUCCCAUGAUCAGCUGGAGUCACCGUCAGCCUGCCUGGUGGUGGGGAAGGUGGUUCGUGGGGGAACUGGACUGUUUGAGCUCAAGCAGCCCCUGCAGUCGUAAUCAGAGCAGUCGGAUAACGCAGACUGUUGCUCAUCUGCUUCGUCAGGGCUACACUUCACAAACAUCGCAGGAGGCUUAGUAUGACACCGAACACAUCUGCCAACCAGAUCUGGAUUAAGUCCUUCCAGACAAAUACCAGUGUACCAAGCGUGACUGUUCCUAAUACUCUGGACUGCAUCAGGAUCACACUGCAGCCGGCAGUUAGUUUGGCUGGCGAGAGACAAAUACUGCAGCAUCACACAGACUUAUUGUCUAUCAGGACAUCAUUCUUUCAGUUCUGAGAAAACAAGCAGGUUAUUUGCUUUUAUUAAACACCAAAAAAAAAAAAAAAGCCUGUGCUCUUAACAUGAUGGUUCAAGACAAAUGUUUCAUAUUUGUAUUCUUAA